CUGUUGCCAUCUGGUGGUAGAAAAGAAAAGAAAACAACCAAUGUUUACAAACGUUCUCUCUUUAAUUAUCGUUAAUUAACUAAUCUUUAAUCUCUAAUCACAACAAAGGCCAUUUUAAUGCCUCUUAAAUUGGUUUUCUGUUAAUCCGUUUUUUUUGGAGUUUUUGAUUUUUUUGCUCUUUUUUUUUCGUUUCUUCUUGUUGUCAACAAGCAACAUGAUUUCUGCAUCUUCUACCCACAAUACUGAUGCUUCAUUAACCACUGAUGAUGAAGAUUCUGACCACAAAUCCACCACCAGUUAUAAGGAAAGACGCCGAGAGGCUCAUACUAUGGCUGAACAAAAACGUAGAGAUGCAAUUAAAAAAGGUUAUGAGGAACUUCAAUCAUUGGUACCAACUUGUGCUCAACAAGAUUCUGUUUCAAGUUAUAAAUUGAGCAAAGCGACGAUUCUUCAACGAUCAAUUGAAUAUAUUCAAUAUAUGCAAUCACAGCAGAAAAAAGAGGAAGAGGAUUUACAAUCUCUUCGUAAAGAGGUUAUUGCUUUACAAAUAAUGAAGGCUAAUUAUGAGCGUAUAGUUAAACACCAUCAACAAGCUCAACCUGGACAAUCGUGUAAUCAAAUAAGUGAAGAUGUUAAAUUUCAAGUUUUCCAAGCAAUUUGUGAUUCUCUUUUCCAAUCAUUUGAUUCUUCAGUUACAGUUAAAAAUUUCGAUGAACUUUCUGGUGGUAUAUUCGGUUGGCUAGAGGAACAUUGUAAACCUCUUACCCUUCGUGAAAUAAUCAUCAACGUAUUAAAGCAACUUAAAAGUCAAAUGAUUAACCACCAUUAGAUGGUCAUAAUCAACUUUAUUUUCAAAAUCAAAUUGUUACGAUUACUUUAAAAACAUAUACACAAAAAAAGUUUAUCAUAUGAUAACAAGGAGAAGAUUAUUAUAUUUUAUAUUUCUCCAAAAUUGUUUCUAUUAGUAUAAAACUUUGUAAUACAAGAAGUGAACUUUGUUUUUUAAAUUGUUACAAAUUAAAUUCAAAUUAACUGAAAUCAAUUAAAAUAUUAAGAUUAAUGAAA